AUGUACGGCUGGUUCCAGCUUCGAUGGGUCAACGUGGUUUACAUCGUCAGUUGCCUGGCCUUCGCGUGCUGGCUGUUUUUCGGGUACCAUGAAAGCCUCCUAUCGGAGGUGUACUUCUCCACGGCCAACACCACUUCCGAUGGCGGCCAGGAGCCACAAGAAUCACCAACAAGCAGCUUGAACUCACCCCAGAGCACUCCUCCUCUUCGUUCAACGGCCAUGCCUCACACCUCUCUAGUAUUUGCCAACCCCUACGAGGCCUACCCGCCCAACGACCUCAUCUACCCGAACCAACGGAUCAGCGCCUCCCACCCUCGCCUGCGCUACCUCAUCUACCGCUGGGUCCGCCUGGCCGACACCCUCGGGUGGCGCUACGUGGCCGUCGCCGGCACCCUGCUGGCCGCUCUGCGCAAUGGGCGCAUCAUCCCGUGGGACUCCGACCUCGACAUCGCCAUCGACCGCGAGACAGGCGAGAUGAUACGAGACCUCGCGGCGGGACAGCCUCAGGCCACCAGUAGUGGGCAGCUGUGGUCCUCCAUCGAUGGCGUCUCGAUCGAGUGGAACACGGCGGUGGCCCACCAUCAGCCCUGGCUCGACGGCGAGGUCCGCCUGAUCGUCAACGAGCACCGGGCCAUGGACCUCCCCGGCGAUGGUCUUCGCUACAACCGCACCGGUGAUGUCGUGCCCUCACAGGAGGACUCGGUCUCGUUCGUGGGUCCGUACGGCACCGACGCGACCGAAGUGGGACCGCAGCGGGCAAGUUUCCCCCGGGAGGUCGUGCCAUGCCCUCUAGAGGGACAGGUGAUGUGGUGCCCGUCGGCGGCGGACUACGAACCGAUGCUGCAGCACGCCUACGGGAAGGACUACAUGGCGCCGAGCCAGUAA